ACCACAGUAUUUCACAUGAAAGAUUGUGUAUAAUUAUCUCCUUGUUUGUUAGAGGUGCACAUUCUUCAUUUGCAGAACAAGAUCAAACUGCGGCCCUUCUAAAGUAGUAACGACUCAAAUGCAUGAAAUCCUGGCCUGCUGUUUGAAUGCAGCCCCACCUUGUCAGACUUAGACUAUAUGGUUUCUCUCAUAAAAAGUCCUUGCAGGAAGUCAGAGCUAAAAUAGGUGCAGCCGUUGGGAGUGUAAUUGCCAUGUGGACAGCCUGCAUUCCUGCUGUGUCUCUUGGAUGGGGAAAGAUUUCUGCCUCCCCUUUGGCCACUGAUGUGCUUCUGGCCAGGCAAGGAGAGUGAAGUGCCCCUCUCUCUGGGUCGUUCUCUUCUUGGCACAGGUCUUCAUUCAUGCAUGCCUAGAAACAUUCUGCAGCCAUGCUGAAGCAGAUUCUGACAGACAUGUACGUGGAUCCGGAGCUCCUAGCAGAGCUCAGCGAAGGGCAAAAGCAGAUCUUGUUCUUCAAGAUGAGGCAGGAGCAGAUCAGAAAAUGGAAGGAAAGAGAAGAUGUGGCUACUGCACCACAAUCAACCUUGAAGGAAGCACAUGGAAAAUCUGUGCAGUGGAAGCUUGGAGCAGAUGGUGAUGUCUGGGUGUGGGUAAUGGGUGAGCACUCACUGGACAAGCCAUACAACUUGCUCUGCAGUGAAAUUCUUGCUGAAAGAGUGAAGCAGCAGUCGCUUCAGGAAGCAGAGGCAACAAGCCUGGUGGAACUGUUCACAGAGCGUUCUGUCCCGUCGCCUCUCCAUUUUCCAUCAGACACCCAGCUUGGGUCAGAAACACAGAGACAUAGUAAAAGCCCUGUGAAGUGGGAUGUGCAGAAGGGGGUGAAAAAAACUCCAGUUGGUGGAAAUGCGAAAAUUCAAGAAUGUGUCCAGCCUCCCGGGAGUAAAUCAAGAAGCGUAGAGCGGAUGUUGGCAGACUCUAUCAAUCAUUCAAGAAAGUACAGCUUUCAGCAGAGGAAAGAAGAGGAAACAAGGACAACCGCGAAUGAGAGCAGAGCACAAGAAGUGACCCUAAAUCACACCGAUGAGUCAGUGGAGAAACUGGACAAGGAAAAUUCUGACUGGUUGGAAACUUUGCAGCGGGCAAAAGCAGCUGAUGAAAGGCGACGCUCCCUUGCCAAACACGCCCGGGAUGACUACAAGAGGCUGUCAUUGCAAGGCACUCACAAAGGAAAAGUAGUGGACGUUUCCAAGAUCUUUAAGACAGGGGAGCAGAAACAGCUGCUUCCUCCUCCUCUGCCACCAAAGCCUAAGCACCUCAGCGCUGGAAUGACUAAUGGGAAACCAGACAGGAAGCAGGCAGUACAAAGGACUGUCUCCAGUUCUACUCAGGAGAGUAUCAUUCGUUGGUUCAAGGAAGAGCAGCUUCACCUCCGAGCUGGGUUAGAGCAGUCCUCGGGCAGGGUAGCACCUUGGUUCCAUGGUAUUUUAACUACCAAGGAAGCAGAAGAACUUCUGAGUGGUUUGGCACCUCGGAGCUUUCUGAUCCGUGUCAGUGAAAAGAUCAAAGGCUAUGUCCUUUCUUAUUUGUCAGCAGAGGGCUGCAAACACUUCCUGAUAGAUGCCUCUGGGGAUUCAUACAGCUUCCUUGGUGUGGAUCAGCUGCAGCAUUCAUCACUGACUGACCUGGUUGAUUACCACAAGGAUGAGCCCAUCACAUCUUUUGGGAAGGAGCUUCUGUAUUAUCCCUGUGGUCAGCAAGGUCAGGAGCCUGACUACCUUGAUCUUUUUGUGUGAAAUCUGAUAUUUCCUUCCCUUCCCAUGUGGGAGAACUUCUCUUGAAUGGACAGAUGUGGAAUGGACAGAAGCUGAGCCAGCACCCUUCCGUUUUUACAAUAUUCUCUUAAACUGCGAAGUUAUUUUGCAAGUAUGUUUGGUAAUCAAGAAUGAGGAUAGCUGCCAGGAGCCAUGGUUCCUGAAGUGUCAUCAAGAUACAAAGCCACAGGAAGCAAGAUCCUAUGGAAAACAGCAAAAGAAUAAAGCUAUUGUGAAAGAUAAUUAGGGCAAUUAAACUUUCCAUAGACAUCUUUGUUCAGGCUGAAUCCUGCCCUCGUGUUCAAUUAGGUGACACAGAACAUUUCCAAAGUGUAAUUUACAUUUCCUGUAAAAACUUGAAAGGGUUGUAUUAUAAAGACACAAAUGCAGAAAUAGGCUUGUCUUCAUAACAUCAAGUCCUGCGAAUUUAUGGGCACUGUUUGCUCCGAUGAGCCAGUGGUGAGUGAAUGUAAGCAAGACCUCAAGAGUGUUAAGGCCACUGUUUCAUAUUUUCCAACUUGUUCCCAUUUUCCAUGGUCAGUCCUUAGUGAAACAAUGUUUCUGGUUUGUUCCAGUUUUGCGUUGAAGGAGUUGGUGUGCACAUGUACGCACUAGAAUUCUUAUGGUUUCAGCCCUCCCCAGGGUUCUCUAGAAGUUCACAAUCGGUCAUAGCACUUCUUUUUUCCUUCCUCUCUGUAAAGCACUGGACCCCCAUCCAUUGCCUGAAUCUGUAAUCAUGCUUUAGUUCUUCAAUUCACUAUGGAGGGCCCCUGCAGACAUUCUUUUUAUUGUGCAUUCAUGAUUAUUUGUGCUCAGUAUGGUAUUGGAGCAGUUGUACAUGAUCCCGCUUUCAAAAGUUUUGGAGAGAACAUACUGCUUUGUUUCCAGGCAGCAAAUGUCUUGUAACUUCUUGCUGAAAUCCUGUAACUUUUUAUACUACAAAUGUUCUGGUUUAUUUUUGUCCUGCUUUUGUUUCGCUUAUAGUGCAAGAGAGUCCCCCCCAGACAGCAAUAAUGCAGUAACAUUGAAGAAGCAUAGCAGAAAAACUAAUAAAGCGGAAUUAUGUUUGUAUGGCCCAAUAUAAAUUCACCAGUAAUGCACUAUGAUUGCGUCAAUAACAUGUUGCAGAAUAUACCAGGAAAAAAACCACCAUUCUGGAGAGGGUGAGGAACUGGUUUCAUCUAGAUCAAGAUGAAAGCAUUGAUUUGCCAAAAUAAAGGUACAGUGGCUGAAA